AUGGAUAGAUUACAGAGACUAAUGAUGAGCCAAAGGUCGAAUAUGAUCGGCGCGGCGGCGACAGAAAUGCCGUUGGAUGAUACCAAGGAGACGGUGUAUAUCUCUUCUUUGGCUCUUUUAAAGAUGCUGAAACACAGCAGGGCGGGCGUGCCCAUGGAGGUGAUGGGGCUGAUGCUGGGGGACUUUGUGGAUGAGUACACGGUCAAUGUGGUGGACGUGUUUGCCAUGCCGCAGUCCGGAACAGGCGUGUCGGUGGAGGCCGUGGACGAUGUUUUCCAGGCGAAGAUGAUGGACAUGUUAAAGCAGACUGGCAGGGACCAGAUGGUAGUUGGCUGGUACCACUCGCACCCGGGUUUUGGGUGCUGGCUGUCAUCGGUGGACGUGGACACACAGCGGUCGUUUGAGCAGUUGAAUAGCCGGGCCGUGGCGGUAGUGGUUGACCCAAUACAGUCCGUGAAGGGUAAGGUGGUUAUUGAUGCAUUCAGGCUGAUCAGCCCCGCGACUGUUGUGCGGAACCAGGAGCCCAGACAGACGACCUCGAACGUCGGUCUGCUAAAUAAGCCCAACAUCCAGUCGCUCAUCCACGGUCUCAACAGACACUACUAUUCUCUAAACAUCGACUAUCACAAGACUUCGGCGGAGUUGAACAUGCUGAUGAACCUACACAAAGAGCAGUGGCAGUCGGGCUUGAAGAUGCACGACUACAAGGAAAAGGAAAGGAUUAAUUUGGAGGCGACGAAAAAGUCGGUGCGCAUCGCUGAGCAGUAUACCAAGCGGAUUGAAGAAGAGAAGGAGCUAACCGAGGAUGAACUGAAGACACGGUACGUGGGGAAGCAGGACCCCAAGAAGCAUCUCUCCGAGACGGCAGAAAGAGUCUUGGAGGAGAAUAUUGUGUCUGUGCUAACAGCGGGCGUCAAUUCGGUGGCCAUUAAGUAA